ACUCGGCAAGCUCCGCCCAGCGCAGGCCAGCCCCGCCCGCAGAGAGGUGCUUUGCUCCACGAUUGCUCUUUAGCGUCGUGCUAGCAAACUUUGCUGGCGCCAGGCAUAUACGCAUGCGCCGUCCUUUGAAUGGUGUGCGUUCUGACUCUAGCUGCCUCGGCAGGAGGGCUAGCGGUCUUGCUAAUAGUGCGACUAUGGGCCGUGCUUCGGUCCCAUCCUGUCACUCCCCGACAGUCUCUCGGACUCUUGAUAGUAGCUGGAUCCGGUGGACACACUGCUGAGAUCCUGAGGCUGGUUGGAAGCUUGUCCGGCGCCUACUCCCCAAGGCAUUACGUCAUUGCUGAGUCUGAUGAAAUGAGUGCUAAGAAAAUCCAUUCUCUUGAACUCGCUCGAGCCCAGAACGACUCCACUACUGAGGUAUGCGACCAUUUCUCACACCGAGUACUACCUUCACCGAAUUCCGAGAAGCCGGGAGGUUCGGCAGUCCUGGCUCUCCUCCGUGUUCACUACCUUGUACUCCAUAUGGUUUUCCUUCCCACUGGUUCACCGAAUAAAGCCAGACUUGUCCCGCUGCCAUCACUUCCUGCACCCAGAGGGAGCCUGCUUCUGUUUCCAGACCCAGCUCUGUUUCAAAACUUCACUCCAUGGUGGCUGCCAGGAAAGGCUGAAUGGGGUUGGACAGCCAUGGAGGUGCUGUGUAAUGGACCAGGAACAUGUGUUCCUAUCUGUGUGUCUGCCCUGCUCCUUGGGAUCCUCGGGAUAAAGAAAGUGAUCAUUGUCUACGUUGAGAGCAUCUGCCGAGUGGAGACUUUGUCCCUGUCUGGGAAGAUUCUGUGGCACCUCUCUGAUUACUUCAUUGUUCAGUGGCCUACUCUUAAGGAGAAGUACCCCAAGUCUGUGUACCUGGGGCGAAUUGUUUGACAAAUGGCAACCCUAAGUCUUGAGAGUGUCGCAAUUACCGAUAAUAUCUACUAAUCUAUGCCCAAAGAAUUAUCAAUGGUAAAGAAUUUAAAAUGUACAAAUGACUCAAUGAAGAAAGACAAACUUGAGCAUAUAACGCGCACCAAAUAGCUAUGUGGUAUCUGCACAAGUGUUUAGCACUACUCGAAGGUUCUCUCUGGACUCUUACAGCCAUGGGUUUUCUUUCCCUUGGCCUAAAUAUAGAGUGUGUAUGUUUAGUAACACUUCCUGUUUUACAGCUUUAAAUAAAACAAAAGUGUUCUACAUUAUAAAAAGAAAAGAACAGGAUAAGGCAGGUUGGGGGUAGCUGUCGUCAUCCUUUCCCACUCUCAGGAGGCGAGGGAGGAGGAUCAGGAGUUCUUGGUGUGAGGAACUGGGGACAGGAAAGUGAGGAAAGGGGGAGCUAAAGAACAAGGCAUCCCUCGGGUCCUGUUCCGAUGCCAGGCUUUCAUCCUUCUGGGGAAGCAUCUCAGAGAGCCAUCUCGGCAUACAGGAAGCAGUUUGUUAAACUGGUUUCAUGAGCAUUUAUACUCCACAGACUUCCAGAUCUCUUGACUGUAAGCCAGUGACUUUCUUUAUUCUUCAGUCUGCUUCAUGUGUUGUUGGCCUGGAUCCAGACUGUAUUUUAAAAUAUGUUUGGUUAAAAUAUAAUAGCAGCGUCUUCAUAAUAAAAGCAUGAUUCUAUCGGUCAGGAAUCUAAAUUUUCAAACAUGAAGAAAA